GUAUAAUCAUAUGGCCUCUAAUCUUUUAAUUUAGAGAGUUUUAAGAUAGUUUCUUCAAAAAGCAGCAAAAUAUAAGAGGCCGCACAUUUUGUUAAAGUCAAACCACAAGCAAUAGAAAGUAUAUGCAAACAAACAUUUUGCAUCUAAAAAAUAUAAACGUGUUUUCCAUAUGAAUAUAUCUGCAUUGUGGUUUGAUUGCUUGUUUUUAAAUAAAUUGAUAGACUUACAUUUUCAUUGCAUACAAAUGUAACCUUAUUCAUUCAUAAUGGAAAUGUUCUUUUUCAACAUAAGGAAUUUGUUUGAAAACAGAAACUUAGAUGUUGAUUGAACCCAUCAAAUAUUUUAAAUGCAAUUGGACUUUUUCUUAUGUUUAACCAGGGGUAAAUCUUUUCAAAGAAGAUUUUCAAAUUUGAAAAAUAAAAUGUCCUAUAAAUCUUCUUAUCUUUUUAGAAAUCUCACUAGUUGGCCUUUACAACAUAUUUAAAAUGAAAUGUACAUAAAAAUCAACAUGUUAAGUGCUUUAUUUGCUUUUCUUUAAUCAAGGUCUAAUCAAAGUGAUUCAAAGGGCAUGAUCUCAACUUCUCAAAACAAAAACUGAUUUCGUAUAAACAUGUACUAUGAUGGAUUAUUACAGGAUUUUAUUGAAUUCAUAUUUUGCUAGUAGCUUUUAAGAAAUCCUAGUUUACAAAGGAUUAUGAUUAUUUGUUGAAACAAGGAUAAAAAUUCUGAUAGGAUUUUGACUUUAGUUUGACAUCAAUUCACCCAUAUAGUGCUGCUGUGAAUAUUUUAGUUCAUGUAAUUGAAAUGCACGAAACAGUAUGUAGUACUACUAAACAACACUAAAUAUCACAUGUGUAUAACAGUUGAUAUACAGAUGAACUGUGAUCACUGUUAUUAAAACACUAAAUACACAGAUGAACUCUAUCUGUAUCACAAUUAGAGGAGAGUUUGGUGGGAACUAAUGCAAAAAAGUAGAGAAAACUCACUAUUGAGCCAAGUUAAAUUUUUUGUGGAUAUCAUGAGGACAUAGUUCAUUGAAUAAUCAGCCAACCAACAAUUCAUAAGUAAACUGGAAGAUACCAUGGGAGGUUGUCUAAUAAACAGUGUAUGAAUGGAUAUACAUGUAUUUGUAAAAUGAUCUCAAUUUGAUAAAUACUGUGGUUAACAUUUAGUUAGUGAAUUCAAGCUGAUUUCAAGUGGAUUAACAUACUUUUUACGAGGAUCAUUAUAUUUUAAUUCUGGUUCAUACACCAUGGGUAAUGAACAAGGAAAAGCUAGCUCCUCUGAUAAAAAUGGAGCUGAAGAGAAAAAGGAACGAAAAGGCUCAAUGAGAUUCAAGAAGCUUUCUAGGAAAGAUUCUACCAAGAAAGCAAAGUCAGACAUUGGGCAGGAUUCAUCAGCAAAAUCAGAUAAUAAUUCAAAUGUUAAGCUAAAGUCAAAAGAGUCUUCUCCUGUAAAUGAAUUCAAGAGGAAAAACUCAAAUCAAGCAAAACCUGUCAAGGAAGUUAAAGUACCUCCAGCAAAAGAAAAUGCAAAAGCAAGUUUAGCAAAGCCAGAUGAUAAACCACCUGUGGCAAAGGUUGACAGUAAACCAAAACCAGAAAAUAAAGUUACAGCUCAAGUUGAAGUAGAAGAGAAGCCAACACCAUCUAAAGUAGCCACAAAUUCUCCUGCAGCUAAAGUAGAACCUAAAUCAGUUGAAGUAAGUGAAAGCAUAGCUGCUGAUGCAAAACCAUCUCCUGUAAAGAAGGAAGAAAAUCAUACAGCACAAGAAGAAAAAUGUGCAGUUAAAGAAGCAAGCCAAUCUGAAGUAAAUAUGCAUAUAAAACCAUCUUCAGUAUUAGAUGAAGCAAAACAAGUUCCAGCAAAGUUAGAAACUAAGCAACCUAAAAUAGAGAACAAGUUGAAAUAUGAUAAAGAUACUGUGCUUGAACAAAAAACUAUAAAAGAUACAUUUUCCUCAAAAUUAGAUUCACAAGUAAGCCAAACAAAGGAUUCUGAUGAAAGAACUGUCAGGGCUACUUUCGAGAAUCCUGCUGAGUAAGUGUGUGUUAAAUAACAAAAUCAUAUAUCAGUUAAGUCUUGCAUUUGAUGUUUUAGUUUCAUUUUGUAUAGGAUUUACCAUAGUAUGAGUACAGGAAAGGGGGAUAGCAUAGACACUUGUCAGUUAUUCGAAAUAAAUGAAGUAGUAACUUUAUAUUGUGUUAGUGUACAUGGUAAUAAUUAGACAGUACAGGGCAUCUAUUGUUUUAUAAUUAUCAUUCACAACAGCCGAACAUAGUGCUAUAAACGCCACAUGUGUUUGAUUAAUCACUUAGUUAUUGUGUAUGAGGUGCAUGUAGAAGUAUC